AUGGCCCCAAAUGAAGUCCACCAGAACAUGGGCAUUAUCCACUUACUUAACCAUUUUGGGUGGAUGUGGGUUGGACUUUUUGUUGCAGAUGAUGACAGUGGAGAACAUUUUUUGCAGGCUCUGGAGCCACUUCUUUCUGAGCAUGAAAUCUGUUCAGCUUUCACAGAAAGAAUACAAAGCCAAGACCAUUUCCAGUUCUUCAGUGAAAGAAAAAAUAUGGCCUCAAAUAUGUAUCUGCCUUCCAUAGAUAGGAAAGUCACAGUAUUGGUGCUGUAUGGUGAAAUUCCGACACUUAUGUGGCUAUGCACCUUGUUCUCAUUAGCAAUUCCUGCAUCAGUGCAGGACACAUAUUUUGGGAAGGUAUGGAUUAUGACAGCUCAGAUUGAUUUUGCAGUACCUGGACUCAUGAGACGUUGGAAUUUUGAGAUUUUCCAAGGUACCAUUUUCUUUGCUAUUCACUCCAAUGAACCUCCAGGUUUCCAGACAUAUCUUCAGAACAUUAAAGUUGACUGGUCUCUUGAACAUGGCUUUCUCAAGGAAUUCUGGGAGCAAUCUUUUGAGUGUUCAUUUCCAAACCCUAGCAGGCUGAAUGAGGUCUACAUGCUAUGUACUGGGCUGGAGAAGCUGGAGCACCUUCCAGGGUCAGUUUUUGAAAUGUCCAUGUCUGGCCAUAGUUACAGUAUCUAUAAUGCUGCCUAUGCUGCUGCACAUGCCAUGGAGUCUUCCAGAUCCAAACACAGAGCAAAGGUUGGGGACCAAAGACAUGAAGAUCUCCAACCUUGGCAGCUCCAUUCAUUUCUACAAGGCAUUUCAUUCAACAACUCAGCUGGAGAAAUGGUGUCCUUUAAUGACAAGAAGAAAAUGGGAGGUGGAUUUGACAUCAUGAGCAUGGUCAUAGCACCAGACAAUUCCGUCCUAAAAGUUAAAGUUGGGAGGGUUGAUCCUGAUGCCCUUGAAGGAAAAGAAUUCAUCAUUGAUGUGGAUGGAAUCACAUGGCCUAGGAGUUUAACUCAGAACUUGCCAGUUUCAUGCUGCAGUGAUUCCUGCUUCCCUGGUUAUCAGAAGAAAAAGAAAGAAGGGGAGAAAUUUUGCUGCUAUGAUUGUGAGCCAUGCCCAUAUGGAGAAAUUUCCUUCUGGAAAGACAUGGACAACUGCAUCAAGUGUCCAGAAACUGAAUAUCCAAACAAGAAGCGAGACAGGUGCAUCCCCAAACUUACAACCUUUCUGUCUUAUGAGAAUUCCCUAACAAUUAGCUUAGUCUCACUUGCUGCUCUGUUAUCGCUGAUGACAAUUUUGGUACUGCGAACAUUUAUUAAGCAUAGAGACACCCCCAUCGUCAAAGCCAACAACCGGGACCUCACCUACACUCUCCUCAUCUCCCUCCUGCUCUGCUUCCUCUGUUCUUUGCUCUUUCUUGGAAAGCCAAGGAAGCUAACAUGUAUUCUCAGACAGUCAGCUUUUGGUAUCAUUUUCUCUAUUGCUGUGUCUUGUGUGUUGGCCAAAACUAUCACUGUAGUUGUAGCAUUCAUGGCCACCAAACCAGGCUCCAAUAUGAGGAAGUGGGUGGGGAAAAGACUGGCCACCUCCAUUGUUCUUUCUUGUUCUCUCAUGCAAGCCUUGCUUUGUGCCAUCUGGCUUGGAACCUCUGCCCCAUUCCCAGAUUUGGACAUGCACUCAGUCCCUGGAGAGAUUGUAGCAGAAUGUAACGAAGGGUCUCUCAUCAUGUUUUACUGCCUCCUGGGCUACAUGGGACUUCUGGCCAUCAUUAGUUUCACUGUGGCUUUUCUAGCUAGGAAGUUGCCAGACAGUUUCAAUGAAGCCAAGUUCAUCACCUUCAGCAUGCUGGUCUUUUGUAGUGUUUGGCUGUCCUUUGUUCCUACCUACUUGAGCACCAAGGGCAAAUAUGUGGUGGCUGUGGAGAUCUUCUCCAUCUUGACCUCAGGCGGUGGGUUACUGGGCUGUAUCUUUUCCCCCAAAUGUUACAUAAUUUUGUUAAGGCCUGAGUUGAACAAUAAGGAACAGCUAACAGGGAGAAAGAGUCUGUUACCAAAACUGUACCAGAAUAUUCUCACCUUGGUGUUUGCUGUAAGGGAGAUCAAUGGGAACCCCAAGCUUUUACCCAACAUCACACUUGGGUUCCACAUCUAUGAUAACUACUAUGAUGACCAGAUGACCUAUCGUACCACUCUGGACCUGCUUUUCAAGUUGUAUAAAUUUGUUCCCAACUACAAAUGUGGUGGUGAGAAGAAUGUAAUGGCCAUAAUUGGAGGGCUGAGCACUGAUGUUUCCUUUCGCAUGGCAGACCUCUUAAGUCUCUACAAGAUUCCACAGGUGGGAAGUGUUCAUGUGGUCCUUUUAGAAAUUAUGAAAGUAAUCGUUGUGUAA